GGUCACGUGACGGACAAGAGAUGACAAACUGGGGUUCUCCUACAGGAUUUGAUGGAUGUAUGUGUGGUGAAAAAGACGUUUGUAACCAAUCAGACGUUGUGUGUAACUGUAAUAUAAAUGAUAAAACUUGGAGAUUGGACGAAGGAUAUGUUGAUGACAUGUCUACUCUGCCGGUUACAAAAUUACAAAUGGGUGAUACAGACUUUGAUUAUGAAGAAGGCUACAGUACCAUUGGAUCACUUGAAUGUACAGGUGCUGCAAGAGAUUGGAACAUUGUGAUGAUGGUCCAUAACGACUUCUGUCUCACUGGCUACGUCUUGUCAACGUUCAAAACUGUGUCGAGCGUACAGUGUGCCAAUUUUUGUCGAAGACAUACCUUGUGCAAGUCAUUCAACUUCAAGAGAAGUAACGAUGCUGGCGCAACACCAAUGAUAUGCGAAUUGAAUUAUAAAUUACUAAGAGAGGUUCCUGAAAACAUAUCUAACACCAUAAGCGGUUGCAUAUAUUUUGAACCAAAAUAGGCCCAUAUUAAUAUUGAUACCAAUAUCAAUAAGACCAUGUAAUGCUUUUAAUUGUAAGACAAAUGCUGUUAAUUGAUUCUAUAGUAAAUUUUGAAAUAAUUAUAUUAGAUCUAUCAAAAUGGUUGUUUUUAUGCGUAGAUGUAGCACCAUAAUUUGGCGUAGAAAAAUUGUUCACUUUCAUAGGAGCUUGAGAUUUGUAGCCUUUAUUCUGAAAGUUGCCACAGCCAGACACAAUUCAAGUGUAAUUAAUUGAAAGUAUUUGUUGAAAAAACAUCCUUAUCAGUUAUGAUACAUUUACAAUCAAAUCAUUUUUAAAAUGUCGUACAUGCCAGUUGCCAUGAAACAAACAUAGACAUGGUACUCUCGCACAGAAAUAUACCAUUUUAUCGUCGUUGAUAAGAACUCUUCGUUAAAAUGCAUUUAAUUAAUUUUAUACGUAGUUUUUGUUUUAAUGUACCGGUAAGUUGUGGAAACUUCAAAAAUACAAACGAAAAAAAAAGUAUUAGAUGUUUGAAAACUGUCAAACUCGACGCAAAAUUCCCGGAAUGCCGUCUGUCGAAAAUGUGCGUAGCAAUCAAAAAACAUAUUUUAAUGUAAGUUGUUCUUACUCAAUUCAGGAUUUGAAAAGUGUUCACAUGCUUUUCAAGUGUAUUUCGAUGAGCUCGGUUAUCACACUAUAUGUUCUGUCAUAGA